UUUCGUUUGUUUAUCAACAAUAAAAAAAAAGCCAUAUUUGUUGAAUAUGGUGCGAGGCGGCUUGUCAGUCGUGUAGAUUGCAGAUUGAAGUCGGUUCAUCGUUAGAAAUAUCAGCUGCAGUUUUGUGGAGCUCACAUUAGGCCCUGCUCCUGCGAGCGAUGGAGGAGCUCUACACUUUAGAGAAGGAGGUAGGACGAGGCAGCUAUGGCGUGGUCUUUCAGGGCCAUAUGGCCAAAACAGGACAGAGGGUGGCUAUCAAGCGGCUGCCCUGCAGCAAUCCAGAAUGCAUUGAACUCUACCUGCAAGAGCUGUGGGCUAUGAGAGCCACUGCCAAGAACCAUGUCAAUGUCAUUGCACUUCACAGCUGCCUUGUGCAAACUGGGCCAAGAAGCCUGAAGCCCCUAAAACCAGGGAACCUGCCUGUACGUCUUGUUGAGAGCGUGCUGAAAGGCAGUGUAGUCAGAACACCAGAGAGUCAGGAAAGAAAUGAUGCCCAGUCCAACAGUCAGAGGAGGUCUAACUCUGUCUCUAGACUUCAGGACAGGACCAACACAGUCCAGGCCAGGGCAAAACCCCAGGACAAAUCUAAAUCAAAUGCAUCUGAUUCUACAACCCCACAAAGACCUCAAAACAGAGUCAGAAAGAGACCAGCUGAGAGAGAGGAAGAGCAGCCAGGACCCCUGCGCUGCUUGGCCCUGUGGCUCGUGAUGGAGUACUGUGAUGGGGGUGACUUGAAUCAGUACCUGCUCUCCCGGCCCCCGGAAGCCCAGCGUAACCACAGUGUGGUGCGACAGCUCUGCAGUGCUGUGGCUUUCCUGCAUAGCCUCGGUAUCACCCACCGAGACCUGAAGCCUGACAAUGUGCUCGUCUGUGUCACACCAAAGGGCCCUGUCGUCAAGGUGGCAGACUUUGGUCUGAGCAAGAUGAGUGAAGGUCUGGUGGACGGGGAUCUGACCAGGCAGCACUUCUCGUCCACCUGUGGCUCUGACUUCUACAUGGCUCCAGAGGUGUGGGGUGGACUGACCUACACAGCCCAGGCCGACAUCUUCUCCCUUGGUGUGUUGUUCUGGGCGGUCCUGGAGAGAAUCACCUUUCUGGAAGAAGGAACCACACAGGAACAACUGGGUGCCUACGUGUGUAAGGGUCGCUCGGGCUGGUUGAUGCCGCUGGGGGAAGCUUUGUGGGAGAACGCCGACCUCCAGCUGUGUAUCCCUAUGAAGUUUAAGAGGGCGCCCCCGCUGCCACCCCCUCCUGGCCCAGCCAUGUGCGCACUGCUUUUAGACAUGCUCGCCUCAAACCCAGAUGCUCGGCCUCCGGCAGACCAGCUGGAGGCCAGAGUGCGCUCCGCUCUCAAAGAGGACUCCCACUGACACAAAGUGCGCUUAAGCGGCCAUUAUGGCUAUAACCACUGUAGCCACUACAAGCAAAUAUUGACUGCAGACCCCCCGACUGCAGAGCUUCCUAUAUGUGUAAACAAUAGCCACUUUGCUGCCACUGGGAAGUGGGGAUAAGAAAUGUGUAUGAUUAUAUGGGAUUGUAGGUGCUAUUUUUGUCACUGAAACAGCAGCCCAGUUUAUAAACCACAUAAAGGGAAAAUAGGCUUGAACUAGAUGAGAUCCUCUCGUAGAAACCAGUCCAUUGACCUUGGACCCCUGGGCUGCACUGCAGACAAAACACGCAAUGAUACUCAAACAAGUCCAUAAAGGGAUCUAGUGGGACUUGAGCUGUGUUUCCUCUAAGCACCAUGCUGUUCAGGCCUUGAUUGUUUGAUAUAAAAAAAAAAUCAAUUUUAGUGUGUACAGAGCUGAAAUGAAACACAAGGGAUGAUUGAUGCUAUUGCUUGUUAAACAGAUCUGCAGGGUUUUGGUGACUUCUCAUUAUCUCAACUUUAUUUUGGGUAUUCACUCAGACUUGAUUUUUAGACAUUGAUGUUUUUACUUGUUAUUUCUUUUGUUUUUGCCUCACACUGAUGUAGCAUGGACUGAACAGUCCAAUGGGCUUCCACAUAUCUUGAAUAUAUAAAGAAAGAGAACAAAGCAUAGUAACAGCUGUCCAUAGCAACACAAUGCAAAACAAUUGUCCUGUGAUAAACACUAACUUUGUAACACAAGGAAGUGUUUUUAUGUUGUUGUGUGUCAGCAACAGUUAUCGAUUCAAGUCAGGCUGUGGUUUGUGGGGGUUGUAUUGGACUGCAUUAUAUUACAGGGUGUUUCUAGUAUUAGUAGUAUAUCUAAAUAAGGUGGACACACCAUGUCUCAGUAUAAUGCAGUGUAACAAAGAACAAAAACUAAAAAAAAAUGGUGGUAUUUAUUGCAGGGCUGUUGCAUUGCAUUACCUCAUACAGUUGUGUGUAUUUUUCUUCUUUCUGUGUAAUUAGAUUUUUAUUCAUGCGAGACCGCUUCUUAAGAGAUAUUUAUAUCAUAUUUGUUUUGUACAUCAAUUUAAAAUUUUAAUUUAGUUUUUUUUUUAAGGGUUUCUUAUUUUGAAAUAUUUUCCUCUCCAUUUCUGUCAGUAACAGUAAUUUGGGUCAGUAACGUUUUCAAACUGUGUGACUGUGAGCGUUUAUGUGACAAAUGCACUGAAAACUGAAAGUGCUAGCAGCACGAGACUCGAAGUGACUAACGAUGGCUAAUAUACCGUCCCCUCAUGAACAGGAAAUUAAAGCCAGGCAUUAGGAUUGUUGCUGAUCAUAUCCAUACUGAGUCCACAGCAUUUAUUAUUGGCCAUCAAUCUUAGUCAUAAGUCCGUAUCUUAGAUGGCUACUUAUUUCAGAAUUUUUCUCCCCACGUCUGAAAACAUGGAUACACGUUUCAACAUGAAUUGUGUCCAGAAAUCCUUGUAAAAAUGUAAUUUAAUUACAGAUGAAAUUGUGCCUUGUAGUAAUGUAACUGUUCUUCAUACUGAACUCAGAAUAUUUGAAUAAAUGCAGCAUUAACAUGACAAUAACCA